UACACUCACCUAGCUGCCGCUAAGCGCUGACACAGAUGGAGGCCGGGGAGUGGGUCGGCGGUGGUGGCCAUCUCGUGCCUCUCCUCGACGGCCACGGCAGCGACUUGGACGCGUCGCUCCUCCGCCGCCUCUACGUCGGCCACUUCCUCGCCAGAUGGGGCGCACGUAUGUGGGAUUUCUCGGUGGGGCUGUACAUGAUCCGCGUCUGGCCGGACUCGCUCCUCUUCGCAGCCGUCUACGGCGUCGUCGAGUGCUCCUCCGUCGCUGUCUUCGGCCCCAUGGUCGGAACCCUCGUCGACAGGCUCACAUACCUGCAGGUUUUGGGUCUGUGGCUACUAGUUCAAAGUUUAUCCUUUAUCGUAGCUGGAGUUUCGGUAACCGCACUGCUCGUCUUCGAUGACCUGAAAGACAAAAGCUUCCCGGUCUUCGUUCUUCUGGUUUCCGUGACCAACGUCUCUGGUGCGCUCGCAGCGCUCUCAACUCUCGCCGGCACCAUACUGAUCGAGCGGGAAUGGGUGGUGGUGAUAUGCAGCGGGCAUCCGGCAGCGGCGUUGAGCAAAACCAACUCUGCGCUCCGAAGGAUCGACCUGAGCUGCAAGCUGCUGGCGCCGGUGCUGUCCGGGUUCGUGAUCAGCUUCGUGUCUACACAGGCCUCCGCGGUGACGCUGGCUCUGUGGAACGUCGCCUCGGUGGGACUGCAGUACUGGCUCUUCGUCUCCGUGUACAACGGCGUGCCCGCUCUCGGCGAGAAUGUCCAGCUGAGAAGGAAGUCAGCGGCGGCGUUAUCCUCGUCGGAGAUUGUCGCUUUGGCCAAUGAAGAGCAGAGGUACGGUGAGGAGAUGUCGGAUUGGAGAGUGGGUGUGGCGAAUUACCUCUCGUUCCUGCCCUGCUGGGACUCUUGGGCAGUGUACAUGAGGCAGGAUGUGAUGCUGCCAGGGGUUGCUGUUGCUAUCCUCUACUUCAAUGUCCUAAGCUUUGGUACACUGAUGACUGCAACUCUGGACUGGAAUGGCAUUCCCGCCUACCUGAUCAGUCUGGCUCGGGGGUUCAGCGCCAUCGUCGGUAUCACUGCAACCUUGCUGUACCCGGUCGUGCACUCAUGGGUUUCGACACUUCGAACAGGGCUAUGGUCCAUCUGGAUCCAGUGGUGUUGCCUGCUACUGUGCGUCGGCUCCAUCUGGGUGAGCGACGGCGUGGCGUCAGCGUGGAUGCUCAUGGCCGGCGUCGCGGCGUCGCGCCUUGGCCUGUGGAUGUUCGACCUGGCGGUCAUGCAGAUGAUGCAGGACAAUGUCCGGGACUCGGAUCGGUGCGUCGUUGGAGGGGUACAGAACUCGCUGCAGUCCAUCUUUGACUUGCUCACCUACAUCAUUGGCAUCAUCAUCUCCGACCCUAGGGAUUUCAGCACGCUGAUCGCAAUGUCCUUCUUCCUGGUAACCUGCGCUGCGCUCAUAUACACACUGCACGUUUACCUCUUACGGAAGCACCUGUUCCACCUGGACAAGAUCAUUGCCAAGCUGGAGUGGUUACGGUAGAGAUUCUUCUAUAUUCUUUUUGCUAGUGGGAGAUAUUACUGUUGUACAUGCAUGGUAGUGCAAAAGUAGCUCUGUCUUGUGGCGAGUGAGCGCUUGUGCAGCGUGCACACUAAUGUGCCACAUCACCAUCAUGAUAUA